UUCAGUUGGACUAAAUGUUUAAGGGCUUGAUAUUCAAAAGUAUUAAGGAGCAGUAGCUUGCUGUCGGGCGCAAGCAAGGGACCUGUCAUGUUGGUACAAGUCGAGGCACAGUGGAGUAAGGCAGGGGGAAAGCAACCCUAGCGUGUUACGACUUGUCUUCAAGGCCUGAAAUAAACAAUAUCACCAGACUUCUGUGAAUCCUAUAAAACAGCAAGCAACAUGACAGCAAAGCCCGAAGAGUGCGAAAUUUGUUUGGAAGUUUUUAAUUGCAAUGAUAAAAAGCCUCGGGUCUUCCCCUGUGGCCACACCUUUUGUUCUCUCUGUAUCAAGAACCUCCUCCAAAAUGGCUCGGUGGUCUGCCCAAAUUGCCGCGCCAAACACAGUGCCUCGAACGUCGAUAACUUCCCGGUUGUGUUUAUCCUGGAAGAUUUCAUCAAGAAACUUAAUCCCAGUCCAGGCAGGAGAAAUGAAACACUAGCUGCUGGACAACCUCCAUGGAAGAGAUUAGGAAAGAAAAUUGCUGAAGUGAGGGAAGAACAAGAGUCGGCCUUUCGAAACUUUAGAUCCGGUUACGAGGCCAAGUUUUCUGAACUAGAGGAUUACGCCACUAGCCUUCAUGUCUGGGAGUACCAGCAUCGGGAACUCGAUGCCAAACUUCGUGACGUGCUCGAGAAGCAGGAGAUUAUAAAAUUAAUGCUGGAAGAAGAGAAAAGAUUGGUAAAAAAACUACAGCACGAAGGACGGGAACAACAAAGACGGCUGGACGUGGCAGUAGAACCACUUGAUACAGCCAGGACAAUGCAGGAACUUAUAGCUUCCGUAGACAAGGCCGAGCAAGCGCGAGUUGUGGCCGAAAACUGGAUUCAGCGAUGCAACGAAAUCUUUCCUAAUGCCGGCGCCAUCCAGAAGUCUGUCAAUGCACGCACAGCCAUCAAGGAAGCCCUGGGUAUAAUCAGAAAAGGCUUGGCCUGUGAAGGGAUCUCUAAUAACGCCGCCUUGGCCAGUGGUAAUGGCGCCAGAGCUCACAUGCCAAGUGCCCAAGAGGUCAUGACAGAUCAAUCUCUGUCCAUUCCUCAAAAGGUCGAAUGCAUAAUAAGUAAUCUUUCAUCGAAGCUAACAGUUGACCAUGUUCUACAGAAAGAUGGCCCAGCGAAGGCCCUCCUGAAUGCCGGUGAAGUAUUCGCGGUGCAGAAUCACCGCUCUGCCAGGAUAACCCGAAUCCACAACAAGGUUUACGUCCAUCACCUGAAAGAUGCACGUCCUCCGGCCAGUGCCCACACAAUUCCAUUCAAAAAAAUGGCGGCUUCCUUUGACCUGUCCUCCACUCUGGCCUUCCUGGAGCUAGUGUGGCAAGACUCACUGCCACGUCGAGUGCAAAUACGACUCUGCCGUGACAACUGGCUGGCUAAGCAGUUCCUUAUGAUGUGUACGGGGGAGAUGGGUCCCUCUUAUGCCAAUACAGGAAUCUUUAGCGAUAGUUAUAGGGGCUAUAAGCAAGAGGGUAUACAAGGAGGAGAUUACGACGGAAAAAAAGGAAGGCCGAUCAUAGUACCAGAUAGGAAUCCCAUGCAUAAAGUGCCAGAGUGUGCUGGGGUUGUGAGGCAGCAUGGCCCUGGAAACAAUACACAAUUUUCCAUCGUUAUAGGAGGUGGUCGAGCUAAUGUUGAAGUUGAUAAGGUUUUUGGCUAUGUUGAAAAUGGUUUGGAAGUACUUAUGUCUGCAGCGAAGGCUCAGUAUGAAGAGAAAGCGAAUGUGGUUGUAGUUGACUGUGGUGCAGUGAUACCUCUUUGAUCAUCCAUAAAAUCAUGUGAUUACAAGUGCAGUUUUGUCAGGGAUCCCUUUAUAAUUAAUUAUAUAAGUAUGGAGAUUGACAAAGAUAUCGAGAGACAGGAAGACUGUGCUUCUAAAUAAAGCCAUCUCUUCAUGCAAUAUUUAUAAGAACUGGAAUGAGUGACUUACCAUGGAAGUCAAAUGACCUUCAGACUGUGGCGUUACAUGAGCAGUGUGACUCACGGAAUACUAAAUGUGCUUUAGGCUAAAGUCUAUAUAAGCCUUGGUAUAGCCAAUACUGUUGUGGGAGGUAAUACACCAGAGGGUGUUUGCAACCAGUCAUAUGAUAACAGGGAGUAGCAGAUUUUAAUUUCAGUUUCAAUUGCAGUGUCGAUGGAAGUAUUUUUAUUAGCUUUCCUAAAAAGUGUUAUGCAUUACAAUAAUGGACUGGACAAGUUGUGUAAACCUUGGCAUGAGCCACAAUGCACAGUGUGAUGAACAAUGCAGCCCUCACCGCAGGCCAACUGCUUGGACAGGAAAAUCUUCUCAGGCCAUCACUUACUUAUCAAUAACCUUUAAAGAUGGCAUAUUGAAGGCAGUGGAAUAAAACUGUUGAAGGCAAGGCAUCUUUUGAAGGCACUGUCUUCAGAUAACUCGCACCUAUUUACUCCAACUCUUCCAAAUAUGGAAAUGUCCUCAUCAUUAACCCUGUUGCCAUUAUUGCAUGGCCGGUAACACUGCCAUGUAAUGCACCAAAAAAUCUGUGGGUUAACAUAUCCCUAGGAAAUGUGUAAGUUGUAUACUUCAUCAUAAUGCAAAAACAAAGCUUUUCCUUGUGCAUAAUCAAUGUAAGACAUAAAAGGGAAACCGUAAAAAAACAAAAAAAAAGUUGUUGUCCGAUUGUGGAAAAACAUUGCCUAGAACAGGAGAUGGAAUUCACCAAAUCUGGGAGAAUUUAUGAGGCCAAACAACCUGCAGUACAAGGUCCCUCAAACCUUGCCAGGUCCAGCUUUUACUUCAAUGCCUGCCUCAGUUUCAGUUGUAACUGCUUUAAUAAUGGCUUCAGCUCCAGCUUCAGCACUUGUUUCAGCAACAGUCUCAGGAAUUGCUUCAAUACCAACACAAGUCUCUGCCACACAGGCAAGUAAAGGCCUGCUACAGAUGAUGAAUAUGGUGCAGCAUCAGAUUGUACAACUACCAUUCGUGUUCAUGUAGAUUUUUUCAAACAAAAGAGCAGUUUACCUCAUUACAACCUAUGGUAAAAUUUGAGAAUAAUCAGUAAAGUUAUGUCUCAUAAAGACUUUGAGUGAACUAGUAAGAUUAGCUGUUAAAAGAAAUGUUGGUCAUAUUAAAUUAUUAGUAGCAUAGAUGUGAUUCCAUAUGACUUAAGGCUAUAAUCAAGCUGAAGUCAACUGAGGUGCAGUGCAGUCUUAUAUGCAUGUACACUAAAUAUGCAACUACAGCCUUUGUAGUUAAACCAAUAUGAAAUAAGCCAGACUGGGUAUACUUGGACAACUUUCCCUGGCUUCUGCAAUGUAUAUCAAUUGUUCUGUAAAUAAAUAUUAUAAUCCAAUGUCUCCAUCUUCCUCA